AAACUACUUGGGUAGUAACCCAUGCUGGGGUGGAAGGGAAUGAGGCAGCCGGUGUUUACUAGACUAUGGGUGGGGCACGGUUGUUUGAACAACACCUUACAUUUGAUAGGGAAGCAUUCAACAGGACGAUGUGACCAUUGUCAGCAAGUCGAGGCAGGAGAUCAUGGGCGCUAUGAGAGUGAGAGAGCUAGAUUAAGAAUAGGUUUGAGAGCAGACGGUUUACAUGCGUGUAGUUUAAAUAGUAUUUUGGCUGGGGUAGGUUCAAACAGUGUUAAAAUAUAUGUUUGUAUUCCUUGGGGAGACUGAGUUGGCUGGAAGGCUUUAGCUGAAGCUUUUUCACCCUCCAACACAGUAGGUGGCGUUAAUGCACCAAGAGCAUCGAAAAAGCCCAAGCUGAAAAAGUGUUACAUCGUGCCUCUCUGGAAUGAUAUAAUUUUCUUCUGUCACUAAGGGCCAUGGGGAACACUGACAGUGUUGUAGUGCAGAAACGUCUGGCCCGCUUCCGGCCUGAAGAGCGACCCGUGGUGGAGGGAGUGUUUGAUCGUCUCCAUGGUAUGAACCCUGUUGGUGUUGCUGGGAAAGCAGGGAAGGUUUUAACGCUUGAGAUGUUGAAGUCCUGCAUGGGCAACGUUGCUUCUGACUCCAUGAUAAAGAGGGUCUAUACUGGAAUGUGCAGCAUGGACCCCGGCGUGGCUCCUCCUCCCCACGGCGCUGGAGUGAGCCGGGAGCAGUUGGUGGUCUUCCUGGCGGAUGUCCUGCGGGGCACGGCUGAGGAGCGGGCGCCUCUCAUCAUGGCGAUGGCAGCAGGGACAGGAGUUGCCACAUGUGACCAGAUAAUAGAGUUCUUGCGGGACCUGGUCUCGGCCGUGGUGGAGAUCAUCAUCCAGAAGGGUCGCCUGCAGGGCUGGAAGCCACAGUGCAUGGGCGACAGGGCUGUUGGUGGUCAACUCUUGGCCGAGCAGAUGAGCUCUGAACUGAAACCCUCAGAACAGCCCACCUGUGAUGUCAAAUGCCUGGAAGACUGGCUGUUCCGAGUUCCCAAUGUGGCCAUGUACAUGGAGCUUCUGAUAGGCGAGGGUCUGAACGUGGGCUUAACCUCCCGUCUCCCACCCACCCUCCUGCCCCCCUGCUGGGAAACCCCGUGGGACAAGCUGCGCUGCCUGCUGGACCUACCGUUGGUCAUGUUCCUCACACCUCACCUACCUGACGGCUACGCCACACCCUGGAGGCUGCUCUUCUCCACUCAGCUGCAUGGGGAGAGUUUCACCAAAAUGGUGGGCAGCUGUAGAGGCUGUGGGCCCACGGUGCUGCUCAUCAAAGACACUAAGGGACACGUCUUUGGUGGAUACGCCUCCCAUAGCUGGGAAGUAAAGCCUCAGUUUCAAGGAGACUCCAGGUGUCUGUUGUUCUCUGUGUUUCCCUGUCUCCGGGUAUAUACCUGCACUGGAUACAACCAGCACUACAUGUACCUAAACCAGGGUCAGCAGACCAUGCCCAACGGCCUGGGCAUGGGUGGUCAGCAUGGGUACUUCGGGCUGUGGCUGGACAGUGACUUUGGGCGUGGUCAUAGCCGGGCACGGCCCCGCUGCACAACCUACGGUAGCCCCCAGAUGUCCGCGGAAGAGGACUUUACUGUGGAUUCUCUGGAGGUGUGGGGGGUCAGGAAGCCCCCCGAGGAGGAAGAGGGAGAGACCAGAGGGAAGAGGAGCAUUUUGGAUGCAGACCCUGAGGCCCAGGCCAUGUUGGAGAUGACAGGGAAGACCCUUCAUAGCCAGGGCUUCCGAGAGCCAGAGGAAGACGAGGGUUGACCUCAUGACACUACUAGAGGUUCUGACUGAGGAUUUUCUGCUUUUCAAAUGGACGUAUAAACAUGCUGAUGAUUCCUUCUCAGAUGAGAAAUUUCUUGUUGAAGAACUGUGUGCACUUAUCUCUUUUCUUGUAAGUUGGAGUGUGUGUGUGUGUGUGUGUGUGUGUGUGUGUGUAGAUGGGCAAGUAUGAUUAGAUUUUGUAUCUGUGUUUACUUCUACGGAUUUACUUUAACGGGGCACCAAGUGUGGCUUCCACGCUCAGCCCUUUAACUGCUGGGAUUGAGCUCCUGUAAAGAGAUUUAAAGAGACAUGGCAAUUUAUGUAUCUAGUAAAUGUUUUACUUUGA